AUGGCCCGUCUUCAGAAUGUUGAGGUGAGGGGUUUCAAAAGCAUUCCGAAUGAUAUAGUCGUGGUCGAACUGCCUGCUACCCUCAAAAAACUCCAUCUGAAAUGGGAGAGCAGUAUGGGGUUUGGACCCAGUACUCCUGAUGGCCCGCUCAACGAUGAUCAGAUCCGAAGAUGUAUUGAGAGGAACCGCCAGGAUUUCGAGAAAGUAGUGACAAAGUUAUUUGAAAAGGCCCCUGACCUGCAGAUAUUCUUCGACACCGUGGUGGGACAUGCGCCAUUGAACAAGACCUCUGCAAUGACGGCGCGCUACGCAAUAAUCAGGGUGAACGUCGUGAAGGGCCAGGACGGCGAGAUGUGGUCUUGGGGAGGGAUUGAGAGAAAGGUAGACAGAUUAAUGGUGGAAGAGGGCUAG